AUGUCUGAAUACGAGUUGAAAGUGGCCACUCGUGGCAACCAGGCGGCAACUCUGCCUGCGGUUCUCAUCGUCACCUCCAUCAAUGAGGCCCGUCCCACCCCCGUGAUCAACAUCACAUAUGAGGACACUGCUCUUCUCCAGGAUGGCGACAAGGCCAUCGUGCAGCUCACUAGUGGUUCCAACUCUGUCUUUGGUACUGCCAAUGUCAUCCAGGAACUUACUAAGCACUUCCCUUUCCUGACUGGCAAAGAUUCCAAGGUGGAGACUGAGUGGAUCUCUCAAUUGGAUUCCCUGACCAUCCUGGAUUUCAAGGCCCUCGAUCCCGUGCUUCAGCGCCUUGAUACUCACCUCCUCAUGCGCUCGUUCGUGGUCGGAUACUCUCUGUCGACCCCCGACAUUGCCCUUUGGGGUGCUAUCCGAGGCAAUCGUGUCGCCACUGCGGCCGUGAAGAAGGGAUCCCUUGUGAACCUUACCCGCUGGUUUAGGUUCAUUGAGGAGCUUUGCCCCUGGGCUCCCGCCGCUGUGGAAUCCAUGAACGCAGUUGCUAAGGAGAAGAAGGUGGCCAAGUCUAAGGAGGGCGCCAGUUACGACAUUGCGCUCAAGAACACCGAGAACGGUGUCGUUACCCGAUUCCCUCCCGAGCCUUCUGGAUACCUCCACAUUGGUCACGCCAAGGCCGCUCUUCUCAACGACUAUUUUGCGCAUGAGAAGUACAACGGUACUAUGCUUCUGAGAUUCGACGACACCAACCCCUCGAACGAGAAGCAAGAGUUCGAGGAUGCCAUCGUGGAGGACCUUGCGCUCAUGGGCAUCAAGCCUAACAAGUUGACUUACACUAGUGACUACUUCGACGAGUUGUACGCCUACUGUAUCCAGAUCAUCAAACAGGGCGACGCCUACGCAGAUGAUACCGAUAAAGAAACCAUGGCUGCCCAGAGAUGGGACGGAUUGCCUAGCAAGCGUCGGGAUCUUUCCCCCGAGGAAAGCUUGGCGCAUCUUGAGGAUAUGAAGAACAGCACCCCAGAGGGUCUUCGUUGGUGCAUCCGUGCUAAGAUCUCCUACGACUGCCCCAAUAAGGCCAUGCGUGAUCCGGUCAUCUACCGAUGCAACCCAACACCUCACCACCGCACCGGCAGUAAAUGGAAGAUCUACCCGACUUACGACUUUGCCUGCCCUAUCGUUGAUUCGAUGGAGGGUGUCACCCACGCUCUGCGUACUAUCGAGUACCGCGAUCGUAACCCCCAGUACCAGUGGAUGCUGGAUACUAUGAAGCUGCGCAACGUGCAGGUGUGGGAUUUCGCCCGCAUGAACUUCGUCCGCACCCUCCUCUCUAAGCGUAAGCUCACCAAGCUGGUCGAGACUGGUCUCGUUUGGGGCUGGGAUGAUCCCCGCUUCCCCACCAUUCGCGGUAUCCGUCGCCGCGGUAUGACCAUUCCUGCUCUCCGGGAAUUCAUCCUUAAGCAGGGCCCCUCCAAGGCUGUGACCAACUUCGACUGGGGUCUUAUCUGGGCUACCAACAAGAAAUACAUUGAUCCUAUUGCCCCACGCCACACCGCGAUCUUCACCAAGAACGUUGUGAAGACCACUGUGAUUGGUGGCCCUGCUACCCCUUACAGCGAGCAAAAGCCUAAGCACAUUAAGAACGCCGCCGUCGGUAUGAAGAAGGUUGUCUACAGCAGCUCGAUCAUUCUCGAGCAGGAGGAUGUCAAGCUCUUCAAGCCGGACGAGGAGAUCACUCUUAUGAACUGGGGCAAUGCCAUCGUGCGCAAGAUCACAACGAACCCCGAGACCGGCAUCAUUACCGAUCUUGAGCUCGAGCUGCACAUGGCUGGCGAUGUCAAGAAGACCGAGAAGAAGGUGACUUGGCUUGCUACCGAGGGACAGGACCUAGUUCCUGUCGAGUUGGUCGACUUUGACCACUUGUUGACCAAGGAUUCUCUCGGUGAGGAUGACGUCCUGGAGGACUUCCUCAACCUGCACACCGAGUUCCGUGAGGCGGGUCUGGCCGACUGCAACGUCGCUGAUCUCAAGGAGAGCGAUAUCAUUCAGUUCGACCGUAAGGGCUACUACCGCGUGGACCGUGCUUACUCCCCUGGUAAGCCUGCAGUCUUCUUCAAUAUUCCUUCCGGCAAGACCAAAUAG